AUGAGUUCCUACAUUGGAUAUAAAAGACCAGUCAGGGCUGUUGGUGUAUUGAGAUGGGUAUGUCGUCAUCGAUACCAAUCUACAACAUCAUCAAAAUUUACUACUAGCCCUGGUACUGGAAAUGAUAAAGAUUUUGCUACUGGUUCUAGCAAUGAUAAAGGUAUAACACCAUUAAUAUACCCCAGGGUUAUUCCUAAAGACUCAAUCUAUGUUAUAUCUAUCCCUGUUACCACUACUAGAUCAUUCAUCUACUGCAAUCAUAGUCAUACGUCUGUAGUUACUAAAGUGGCUACUCCUUCAAUCCCUGCGAAAUUUGAGGCAAAGGUAACUGGAUUAGCAGCUAAGGGGUGGAAUAAAUUAGUGAACUCUGAUUUAAAAGUUAAUAAAGUUAUCAUUUCUUUUGUUAACAAGUUAUUGAAUACAGUCCCCUAUGAUGAAGCUAGUUUAAAAUCGUUUCCCCCAAAGAAUGCAAUGAUUCGUGAAGUUAAUCAGGAAUUCCUUAAAGAAACAAAUUAUCCUAAUCCAAAUGGUAAUUUACUUACUAUGGACCAAUUGAAUGAAUUGAAUGUUCCUGUAAAUCAAUUAAAGCCAAUUCCAUUAUAUCAUCCCUAUUUCCAAAAACCAAGUACUAUCUUAUCUCAAUUAUAUCAAUUUCGUGAUGAAAAUUAUUCCAAACAUUUCAAAUAUUCCAUCCUUUGUGCUAUUGGUAUCCCAAUCACAUUACCAUUGGCUCUUUUACCAGUGGUUCCUAAUGUUCCUGGGUUCUACUUGGCUUAUAGAUUAUAUUGUCAUCUUAAAGCCUUUUUGGGAGUUAAACAUUUAGACUAUUUAUUGGAGGAAAGGAAUUCAAUCCCCAAUAAAAAAUAUACUCGAUUAGAUAAAUUUGCAGAUGAUGAAUCUGUUAAAGAUUCUAGUCAUUUGAUGUUUGUACCAGUUCGGAAUUUGGAUGUUAUUUAUGAACGUGAUAAUCGAAAAUUGGUUGAUGAUCCAUUAGAUGAAGAAUCUAUGAUUUUAACUGAAUCCGUUAUUGAUCGGAUUGUAUUAGAACUUGAUUUGCAACAUUUAAAGGAUGAGUUAUAUCGUGCCUUGGCUCAGGAACGUAAACGAGUUGCUGAAGAGAUCAAGGUUGAUGAUACAAUUGGUUAA